AUGGCUUCUGUAAGAAAAAGAAAGAUGGCGAGAUCCUCCAUCAAGAAAACCUCAAGGAAAAACAAAGAUCGUCAUAGAAAGAUCAACAUAUCCGGCAACCCGAUUAUCGCUAAAAACUGGGACUAUUCUCUCACGCUCUCGCAAAACUACGAGAAAUUGGGUUUGAGGGCUAAGCUUCAAACUCCAGCUGGCGGUCAAGAGGCAAAGCUUGGUGCGUCUGUGAUGAAAGAGCCUCUUUCUACGCCGUCAUUUCUGGAAUACGAUGAUGACGAGUUCGGGCCAGAAGAAAGUGCGUCCACCGAGCAAAACCUCACGCUCGAACCCGAGGAAGAGGAGAUUCCUGAAGGGGAAGCUCGCAUAGUACGCGAUUCGGAAGGUAAUGUUGUAAAGGUCAUAUAUGGAACGAAACAGAGCGAUGUGGGCUCUGAUGAUAUAGAUGAGGCUGAAGACCCCGCAACAAAGACAGAGACAAUCAAAGAGUUGGAAGCCUAUGCUUCGCGACCUGCUAUCAAAAGAGCUCGCAAACCUAGUGGAAGGGAAGAGGCUUGGUUGAAAGCGCUGUAUGAGAAACACGGGGAUGACUUUCGUGCAAUGUUUUUGGAUAGAAAACUCAAUCUAAACCAGCAGUCGGAGGGCGACAUCAAAAAAAGAAUCAUUAAGUGGAGGGCAGCCAACGAAGUAGCAUGA